AUGGCGCUAGUCGUAAUUACUGAAAGUUAUUAUACUAUUAAUGCACCCGGUGUUAUAAAAUCAAAUCGUAAAUAUACGGUUAUAGUUGCUCUACAUGAGGCCAAUAAUUCAUGCUUGAUGCGUGUUGGCAUAGAGGGACCGGGAUUUAAAGAGUUUAAAGAUGUAAAUUUAGAACCAUAUGAAUCAAAACUAUUAGAGUUUAUGCCGGAAAAAAUAACAUCUGGCGAUUAUAAAUUAACAGCUGAGGGUUUAUCAGGUUUGAUUUUUAGAAAUGAAAGUCGUUUAAACAAUAUCAUAGGCUAUGGCCCAAAAAUUUACAUACAGACCGAUAAGGCAAUUUAUAAACCUGAAGAUGUGGUUAGAUUUCGUGUUCUUAUAUUGGAUGAACAUACAAGGCCAUUAGAUAUUAAAGAUCCUGUAAAUGUGGAGAUAACGGAUAGUGCUGGCAAUCGCGUUAAACUUUACGAAAACAUAACACUGACAUAUGGUGUUUACACUGGCAAAUUUCAAUUGUCCAAAUACCCGGCCUUAGGAACUUGGAAUAUUAAAGUUGUUCUUGGUGGAAGAUAUGAAUACUCCGACUUUAAAACUAUUAAUAUUUUAAACUAUAUUUUACCAAAAUUUAGUGUCUAUCUAAAAACUCCCACGGAUAUUGUUUUGGAAGAUGGUUACAUUAGGGUGGUAAUCUAUGGAAAGUAUGUUUUCAAUAAAUAUGUGGAAGGCAAUGCUACUGUAGAAUUGUGGAACGAUUAUGCCCAUAUGCUUUUACAAACCAAACAGCUUGACGUAAACAAUUUAGGUUUUGUGGAGUUUAAUAUUAAGAACGAAAAGGACUUUGAAAACGUCUAUGGUUUAAGUGUUAGAGCGAAUUUAACCGAAAAACAUACGGGCAGAACGCAAACAGAAAAACAAGAUAUAUAUUUACAUAAACAGCGUUAUAAUUUACAAAUUCCUUAUGAUGAAAUCGAAUUUGAAAAUAAUAAACCCUAUCGGCUGGAAGUUAAGGUGAGUCAUUGGACGGGGGCACCUGUUUUGGAUCGUAAAUCCCCAGUUACCAUGGUACAUGGCAAUAAUUCUUAUGAAGCAUUUUUGGAUGAAAAUGGUGUUGCAACAUUUGAGUUUGAACAUGAUUCAAAUGCCAAUCAUAUAUUUCAAUUUAAAGAUACAAAAUUAGACUUCUCGAAUAUUUUCACCAGUCAGAAUUUAAUGUUGAACAAUAGGGAAUUCUAUUGUCGCCUAAAGUAGGUGGAUGAAAAGUAAGUUUGUAUUCUCAAGUGAAGCAAAUUUAAAAUUAUUUUCAUUUCAGACUAAAACUCGGCAAACCUGUACUCAUUGAGGUUAGU